GAUUUUAGAUAUGGCAGCCACAGCGGCAGGGUUGGUAGGCUCGUUGGAGCAGCAGAUGACUGAGGAAUUUAAGGUUCUCGGCACAACCCCAUCUCAAUUCUCGUUCAAGAAUUAUCUCGUUUAUAAACAUUCCUUAUCUAAAAUCACGGAACACAGUACUGUAUUUAAACCGAUGUUAGCUGGCAUAUCCUCUGCUUAUAACGCUGAAAUUUCAUCUCUGUAUGUCACCAAUACUAAGUCAGCCUACGAUCAAAAUCAGGAGGAACAGCUUGUUCAAGCCGAAGAGACAAUCCAAACUUUGGGUUGCAGAGUUAAACAGCUGAAAGCAACAUUUGCAUCACUUGACGCCGAGAAUCUGACCCUGUCGGAGUCAAUAGAAAGUAUGAAGGAACUUGUAGCUGAUAUCAGCGCUCAGAGCCUUCUUACCGAGGAGGAUAUCUUCAAACACACUGUGCUAGACAACAUGACUUUAGAGCAGAUGACAAAUGUUAAUCUGCUGAGUAGAGAGCUGGGCAAGUUGGAGCAGAGCCACCAAGCUAUGCUAGACCAGCAGGGCACUGAAUUUGUUCUCAGGGAUAGGUUUGAGGAGAUGAGAGGAUUACUUUUUCAAAAAGAGGAACUGAAGGAGCAAAGACAGGAAGAGAUUCUGGAGCUGCACCAAGAAAAUCCCGCUCUCAAACAACUUAAUGAGAUUCUUCAGUCAUCAGACGGGUUGGGUUUCGACCAGAUACUAGAGAAUGCACAAAGUGCUAUGAAGACAGUAGGUAAUAUUAACAAGAGCCAGCUGGUUGAGCUGUAUGAUGAUGAGGACCCAGCAAAAGAGAAAGAGGCAGAAGUGGCUCUCGCUUACAUUGACUACCUUGAUGAGUUGCUACGAGACGGCAGCUUCCGACCAGCUGCUGUCCACGCAGCAAACUCUCCAAAUGGUUUCUUGAGGACCAUGGCAACGAUAGAGGAGUUUAAAACUCUGUCUCAAGGUGAAGGGGGCGUGUCUCCUUUGUUUGUUUACUGCAGUAUUCUCAUGGAAACUGUACCUCUAUACUCAGUUCCACCUUGUGAUCAGAGUUACGAGUGUGUUGUUGCAGCACUCAAGGAGAACAGAAUGGACCUCAUUGCUCAGUGGAUAGCAAACCACCACUUGACAUUGUGCAGCGAAAUAGCUGAUGUGUUGUUGUCGAAUUGUCAGUGUCGUGCGCGCUGUGACUGCGAGAGCGGCACCCUCGCGCUCGCAGUAUUUAGGAACAUCAAGGAUCACGACAUGUCUAUACACUGUCUAGCAAGACAGGGUGCUUUGUACAGGGCUGUUCACUAUGCUAAAACCCAUCAAAUGGACAGCGAUAAGCUUCUUCGUCUACUGAAAGACAUCCCUUCAACCGAUCUAGCUGCACUGCUGGUUUUAGAAGAAAGUAUCAAUAUCGGUGAGGUGCUAAGCUGUCUCCAGGAGAAUCAUAACGAUAAUAUUUUCAUCAGUUUGUUGAAAGUUCUGGACGAGAGUAACGAUUUGAAAGCAGUUUUGUUAAGUGAUACGUCCCCAGAUGUGGUGCAAUGGUCUGAGUUUGUAGAUCUUUGCGUUGACCUUGGGGAACAGGAUAUUGCAGAGGAAUUGCAAGGUUACAUCAUGUGUGCAGAUGCGUUGUUCAAAGCUGUCGAUUCUCUGUCUUCUGGUGGUACUGAUUGAGAAGUUACCCAAAAUAUAAAAUUGUAGCCCUGUAUAGUUAAAAUUGUAUAAGAAUUUGUAUUGUCUCUUUUUAAAUUUUACUUUUUUUAGAUAAUUUUUGUUAAAUGUUGAGAGAUUUGGAUUUAUUGAAAUAGUUAGCUUAAUAAUUAUUGAGCUCCACAUCUUUGCGGUGUGAUGACAUAAUUGUAGAUUAUGUAAUGAACGUCAUCUCACUUUAUCAGUACUUUAUAGUACUCGUUCACUUGAAGCGUUAAGACUUAAGUCCAUUAGCAA